AUGGCUGUUUCUCUAUCUGAUUCCAUUCUGGAGGUUAAAACCGAACCACCAGAAUUUCCUAUUGAAGACAUUAAAUGUGAAAUAAAAGAAGAGCCUGAAGAUGAUGAAACAUGUCUGGAGAGAUUCAUGAAUUCCGAUAUAACAAUAGAAGUUGAAGUUAAACAGGAGUUGAUUGAAACACCUCAUUAUAAAUGUAAUGAAGGUGUUCUGAAACAGGUCCUAGACAAAUGUGUGCCCGGUGCAUCGGUGAGAGAGACAUGCGAAUACGGAGAUCAACUUCUUACAGAAGAAACCAGCAAAGUGUUCAAAAAAGAGAAGGAGCUGAAGAAGGGCAUAGCCUUUCCGACUUGUAUUUCUGUAAAUAACUGCAUUUGUCACUUCUCACCCACCAAUACAGAACCCGAUUAUGUACUGAAGGAAGGGGACAUGUGCAAAGUAGAUUUAGGUGCCCAUGUUGAUGGUUUCAUUGCUGUUGUUGCACAUACAAAGGUUUUGACGGAGGGCAAAAUUACUGGACGUCAGGCUGAUGUCUUAUUAGCAGCUCACUAUGCGUCUCAAGCUGCCCUGAGGCUUUUAAAACCUGAUAACGAAACCUAUAUGGUAACAGAUGCUGUGCAAAAAAUUGCUGAAGCCUACAAAUGCAAACCUAUCGAAGGUAUGUUGAGUCACCAAUUAAAACAAUUCAAAAUUGAUGGUGAAAAAACCAUCAUACAAAAUCCUAACGAUGCUCAACGAAAGGAGCAUGAGAAGUUCAACUUUGAAGUCCAUGACGUUUAUGGUAUGGAUGUCCUUAUCAGCACCGGAGAAGGAGUUGGGCGCGAGAUGGACACGAAAAUAAGUAUUUAUAAGAAAACUGAUGUGACCUAUCAAUUGAAACUGAAGGCCUCUCGAAACUUCUAUUCCGAAGUUAGGACUAAAUACGGAUCAAUGCCUUUUAACUUGCGCGGUUUUGAGGAGGAGACCAAAGCCAAAAUGGGUGUUGUCGAAUGUGCAAAUCACAAGUUAAUCGAACCGUUCCAGGUUUUGUAUGAAAAAGCUGGUGAGCAAGUAGCGCAUUUUAAAUUCACAGUAUUGCUGAUGCCCAACGGACCACACCGUAUCACCGGGUUACCAUUCGAUACUGAAAACUUAGUUAGUGAAUGUUCUAUUGAAGAUACGGAAAUUAAGUCCAUUCUGAAUUCUUCUGCCAAUCCAAAAUCAGCCAAGAAGAAGAAAAAGAAGGCCAUCUCUGCAGCCACCGAAGAGCAACCCAUGGAAGUGCAGGCCGCGGCAUAAUAAAUAACCGAAAUACUUAUUAAUUAAUUAAAUCAGCCUAAAUAACUAAUUUACCAGGCAUGGAAAUGGUCUCUCAAUAAUCAAACUAUUUUGUUAUACUUGUAAAUUUUUUUAUGUAUAUAAUGACAUGAUAAUAAUUUUCUGAUAUCGUUGUGAAAUGCAGUUUUUUCUGAUCCAAGGAAAGUAUUUUCUAUUUAAUAAUAUUCAUCUGUUUAUCUAUCGACCAGU